GUAACCUUAGAUUUAUUGUGCAACAUUUUUAGAAACCUCCGAUACCAAGAGACUUACAGACAAAAUGGCCACACAUGAGAAUAUGACAUUGAUAAAGGACCAACUGUUUCUUGGUAACUUCACGGCUGGCACAGAUAUAGACUCUCUCAAGGAAGGGGGUAUCACACACAUAAUCACAGUGGAUAUGAUACAGCAUUACUACCCUGAGAGUGGGGAAGCACACAUCGACCCACACCACAUGUAUAUCAACUGUAUGGAUCUUCCUUCCAUCGAUCUGCUGUCCAAGUUCCAGGAAUGUUUCGACUUCAUUGACGAGGCUCUGACAUCGCCAGAAAAUAAAGUUCUCAUACACUGUUUUGCCGGUAUGUCACGCAGCGCCACCAUAAUGAUUGCCUAUCUUAUGUACAAGGAUGGAAUGGGGCUGGAUGAAGCCUAUGCCACUGUGAAACAGCUCAAACCAAAUAUAAAACCAAACCCAGGAUUUAUUGAGCAGCUGGAACUAUUUGAGAACAUGGGAUGUAAAAUAGAUGAAGACAACUUGCUGUAUCGGAGAUACAGACUUCAAGUCAUGUCUGAGAGAGUACAGGCAGGUGAUGUUCUGGCAGAUGCAGACCUGGGAUCCACAGAUGUUAAGAUCAACACUGAUAGUUUCUACAAAUGUAUGAAAUGCAGACAAAUUCUAUUCAAAACGAGCAGCAUCGUUCAACACAGUAAGGGAGAAGGUGAAGCUGCAUUUGAUUGGAGAAGUAAAAUGCCAGCCAAUCUGAGGCCAGCAGACUGUGUCAAUCAAAGUUCAGGUUCAGAAGUGUGUGAAAAGUCUCUUUUUAUUGAACCAGUCAGAUGGAUGGCCGAGUCCAUUAAACAAAUGGAAGGGAAGCUGAAUUGUCCCAAGUGUAACCUAAAACUGGGAUCCUUUAUCUGGUAUGGCGAAAAGUGUCCGUGUGGAACCUGGGUCGCCCCUGCAUUUCAUAUUCAAAGUUCAAAGGUUGAUCUGGUGAAGCCACGCCUUCUAGCAACCAUCAACCAACCAGCAAUGAGAAACCAAGUGGCUACUAACCAAUCAGAAUCAGCCAAUAUGAUAUUGGACCAAUCAGAGAAGAAUAAAGUUCAAAUGAUAGAAACAACGGAAGGUAUGGCUACUUAAAGCCAAAAUAUGUAUUAUUGUUACUGUUGGGUACAUUUAUAAAAUGUUAAUUUUUGUUACGUCUGUUUAAAGAGAUAAUAUAUUUAUAAACCCAGGGCUUUUUCAACUUCCUUCGUCCCUCCAAAAAUGUAAGAGUUUGUCUCAAUAUUUAUUAUAUUUUUGCAUAAAAUCCCCCCCCCCCCACCCCCAAAAAAAUAAUGCAAAAUAAAUAAGAAGUAGAAUAAUAAAUAUAUAAUAAUAAUCAGGAAAUCAUUGGUUGUGCUGAUGUUAUGGUUGUAUUUCUUUAUAAUAAUAUUUCAUUAUUAGGAUUAAAGAUGGAAGUGUCUACCCAUACUGCUUUUAAGAAAUCCAAAUUUAAGGACUUAAGCAUUAAUAUUUCCCAAGUUAAACAGACCCAGCUACUUAACCUGAUUUACUCUCACAGAUUUACCGUUUUGGCAACUUUUUUUAAUGUUUGUCCUAGAACAAGCCAAUUUAAGCGAAAAUGCAUGGA